AGCCCCGGGCAGAGGUCAUGGCUAUGCACCCCCGUCGUGUUCGGCUAAAACCAUGGCUGGUGGCCCAGGUAGAUAGUGGAAUGUACCCUGGUCUCAUCUGGUUGAACAGAGAAGCCAAAAGGUUCCAGAUCCCGUGGAAACAUGCCACAAGGCAUAGCCCCCAGCAGGAAGAAGAGAAAACAAUAUUUAAGGCCUGGGCUGUUGAGACAGGCAAAUACCAAGAAGGAGCUGAUGAACCAGACCCAGCCAAAUGGAAAGCUCAGCUGCGCUGUGCACUAAACAAGAGCAGAGAGUUUAAACUUAUGUAUGAUGGGACCAAAGAGGUUCCUAUGAACCCAGUUAAAAUUUAUGAGGUGCGUGACAUCCCCCAGUCCCAAGGAUCCAUCAUCAACCCAGGUUCCACAGGAUCUGUACCAUGGGAUGAUGAUGACUUUGAAGAGGAUGAGCUAAAUCAGUCUCAGAACCAUGUACCAAUCCAAGAGCCCUUUAACUGUCUAAAUAUUAAUGGAGACUCACCCAUGGGGUCAUCUAGCACAGGCAGCUGCACCCCUGAGCAAACAUGGCCAAAGACUGAGCCCCAGGAGAUGGAAGUGCCCCCAGCAGCAGGCCCUGCUGAUUUUUUCAGUUCUCCAGAGAUGUGGAUCAAUUCUCUACCAAUGACUGACUUAGAUAUACAGUUUUUCUACCGUGGGAAAGAGAUGGGUCAGACAAUGACAGUCAGUAACCCUCAAGGCUGCCGGCUUUUCUAUGGUGACCUAGGACCAAUGCCCAAUCAGGAGGAGCUGUUUGGACCAAUAACUCUAGAACAGGUUCGCUUCCCUGGAACAGAGCAAAUUGUAAAUGAAAAGCAGAAGCUUUUUACUAGCCGUCUCCUUGAUGUCAUGGACAGGGGCCUGAUACUAGAGGUCAGCGGGCAUGCCAUAUACGCAAUCAGAUUGUGCCAGUGUAAGGUCUACUGGAAUGGACCCUGCUCACCAUCUCAAACUACCCCAAAUCUUAUUGAAAGGCAGAAGAGAGUAAAACUCUUCUGUUUGGAGACUUUCCUAAGUGAUCUUAUUUCACACCAAAAGGGGUUCAUUACAAAACAGCCACCCUAUGAAAUCUACUUGUGCUUUGGAGAAGAAUGGCCAGAUGGCAAAUCCAAAGAAAGAAAGCUCAUCGUUGUUCAGAUAAUACCAAUUGUGGCACGAAUGAUACUAGAGAUGUUUAGUGGGGAUAACACCCGUUCCUUUGACAGUGGCAGCAUUCGUCUGCAGAUUUCCGUCCCUGACAUCAAAGACAACAUUGUUUCUCACUUAAAACAACUGUAUCGCUUUCUUCAGAAUCAUCAAGGCCCAGAUGCAUGGCCUCUCAUGCAGCCACAAAACAUGCACCUGGCUCAGAUGCUCCAAGCCCAGUGAGGACUGGUUCCUUUUUAGAAAAACUCUUGUCUGUCAGUUCUAACAUGUUUAUAAAGCAAACAGACUGAUAUUCCAUGGUUAAGCCACUGCAGACAAAAGUUUGACAAAGGUUUGUCAUUUAAGAAUGAGGAAGCCAUUUGACACCUGUAAAAAUCGCAACUGUUUAUCAGUUAAUGUCCUUAUGUUGGAAAAUGGAAUAUGGCCAUGUAGGAUGCUUGGAAUUGUAAACAUGGUUUUACUGUGUGUUUAAGUCCGUUAUUGAGCUUUUUCUGGAUAAAGUCAAGUCAGUAUGUUGGGCAACUGUCUUUGGCAACUAUAGUCAGCCUCUUACAUAUCUCCAAUAAAAUGUAAAAGGAGGUAAAAUAAAAGCAUUUCCCAAUCUGUACCCAUAGCCAGCAAUGUUGCUGUACUACAAAAUUUCAGCUGAUAAGGCUCAACAUAAGAUGCAGGACCACAACAAUGGACAUCCCUGUACUAUAGAUAUACAUAUAUAGUUGGUUUUAUAUUUUAAUAUGCCAUUUCAGGACAUGAGGGUAAAGCAGUAAAAUGACCAAAAACAUUUGCAUUUUAAGCAUGUAAAUAUAUGCAUAAAUGAGAAGAAGAAGAGCAAAAGUGUAUAUUAGGCUAGUUUUUACUGAACAUUUACAGUGAGAUUACUUUUCUAAAACAUGGACAAAAUAACUGAUUGUCUUGAAGAUUUAAAAAAAAAAGUACUUAUUUAUUAUUUUUUAUGGGAUAAAUCUUAGUUUUAUUAGUUUCCCAAGUAAAAUAAGAAUACACUGCAAAAAACAUUUAUUAAUAGUCAUGUUUUUUUAGGAUCUCUAUUGUUCUAUUUUGUUAUCAGUUAAAAUAAGACCUCUGUUUUUGGUUGUUUUUUUUUACUGGGAAAAAAAAAUUCAAAAUAUAUGUAAAAAUAAAGAAUAUUUUGUAAAAAAGAUAUAUUAAGCAUUUAGUACAAACUUUUCCCUUGAAAGUUGUAAUUAUGCAUAUGCACAAAAAAAA